UGCAUAGAAACGGCGCGUCCAACUGCGCACUGCAUCCUGAGAGCGCCCGUAGCUCGCUGCCUCCUUGCGCUCAGCGGGAAUGCCUGCGCUGCCGCCGCGCCGCACCUCGCUGUGUCUCUUCUGCGCCUUCGCGACGAGAUCGCGGCCGCAAACCCAGCGCCUCCUUCCCAAUGUCCAGGCUGCGCACCGCAGCGGCAUCCCUCCAGGUCGCGGAAAACCGUUCGGGCGGGGCGAUGGAUUCAAUUUCACUUGGAGGGGCUCCUCCAGUCCGCUGAGGCAAACGCUCCCCCAUCGCUUUCUUCCCACCCUUCACACCAGAUUAGAGAAAUUGAAGGAAGAACUAGCGCAGCCAGAGUUCCUCGAGAGCCUCGGGUUGGAUUGCGAGUCACUCGACAAGGAAUGGCUUGCCUUUGAACGCUCCAUUAGCCUUUGGAUCAAGCAAGCUUCGCCGGAGCUCAGCGCUCUCGCCCGCGAUGCAUCAAGGGGAAGGGAUGGCUUGGGAACGCGGUUAAGAUAUCUGUUCUAUGCGCAAACAUGUGGCGGACGCUUCACCAAGGCCGAGCUAGAAAACCAGAAAGAGGUGGCCGAUCUACGUUAUCCCGUCGAGUGGUAUCCGGCGACGCGAGAAAUCCCGCGGACGGUGCAUCUCCACGUUGGCCCGACAAACUCGGGGAAAACAUACCAUGCCCUGAAGCGGCUGGAGGAAGCCAAAAGAGGCGUCUAUCUAGGACCCCUCCGUCUGCUCGCUCACGAGGUCUAUACGCGCUUGAACGCAAAGGGGAAGCCAUGCGCUUUGGUCACUGGCGAGGAGCAGCGUAUACCCGAGGGCGAAACUAGCAUGUGGAGCUGUACCGUGGAAAUGGCGCCCUUGAACACGAAGCUGGACGUUGCUGUCAUUGAUGAAAUCCAGAUGAUCAACCAUAGAGACCGAGGUUGGGCCUGGACGCAGGCAUUCUUGGGCAUACAGGCCAGAGAGGUUCAUCUCUGUGGCGAAGCACGCACAGUACCCCUAAUGCGUGAGCUGUGUGCUCUCGUCGGCGACAAGGUCAUCGUGCACGAGUAUGAGCGCUUAACGCCUCUAAAAGUAGCCGAUCGAAGCCUCCACGGAAAGUUGAAUCAGCUGGAGAAGGGCGACUGCAUUGUUGCCUUUUCCGUGCUGGGCAUACAUGCCUUGCGACGCGAAAUCGAGAAGAAGACGGGGAGAAAGUGUGCUAUCGUAUACGGCAGUUUACCUCCCGAGACGAGAGCUCAGCAGGCUCGGUUGUUCAAUGACCCUGACAACGAUUAUGAUUUCCUUGUGGCGAGCGAUGCCAUCGGCAUGGGGCUGAACUUGGCCAUCAAGCGUGUCAUAUUUGAAUCUACAAUGAAGAGUAACGGGAGCCGACUGGUACCACUACAAAUAUCUGAGAUCAAGCAAAUCGCAGGCCGAGCAGGUCGCUACCGCACCUCUCUUCAGGCUAUCACGCAGGAAACUACACCAAAUAUCGACUCCGAAACGACCGGCGACCCGAGCAUCGGCUUAGAUGACGUGAAGCCGGAAGAUGUUCAAGAAGUAAAGAAGGCUCAAGCUCCCACAGUGGGAUUCGUUACCACCCUGGAGCAGUUGGACUUUGACUAUCUGAAGAUGGGCAUGAGGCGCGAACCCGAGCCUAUUGAGACGGCAGGCCUGUUUCCCCCGUCGCUCAUUGUUGAGCGGUUCGCCAAUUACUUCCCUCCCGGCACGCCUUUCAGCUACAUCAUGCUGCGUCUGCACGAAAUAUCCGACAUCCAUCCGCGGUUCCAUCUUUGCGCCCUCAAGGACCAGCUAGCAAUUGCAGACGCGAUUCACACAGUCAAGAACCUGAGCAUCACAGAUCGCAUCACGAUAUGCGCUGCGCCAAGCAAUAUGAAAGACAAAGCCGAAAAGAACUUCUUGCGGGGCCUCGCUGAGUGCAUCGCGGAUAAUAAGUCCGGUGAGCUCCUGGAUUUGCCGCAUCUCCCGCUCGAAGUGCUCGACAAGCCGCCGUCUUCAGAGCGACCCUAUCUUUAUGAGCUGGAGCAGCUGCACAAAAUGCUUGUUACCUACCUCUGGCUCAGCUACCGCUUCCCCAACGUUUUCACGACGAGAUCGGUUGCGAACUACGCAAAGAAGCUCGUCGAAGACGCUAUCGAGCGGACAUUGACGCAGUUCUCUUUCACCUCAGAAGCGAAGGCAGCCAUGAAGAAGAUGCGCAGCCAAGCCAUGCGCGAGCUCAAAGUACAGGAGAAGGAAAAGGCGCUCACCGCCGAGGCAGAACUGCAAGCUACCGUUACGGCCCAACUGCCACAAGAUCCAGUCGAACAGGUUUUGCACGAUACGCGGUCAUUCGCGUCUGGUAGUCCACCCACGGACGAUGAGGGCGAAUACCCGACCGAGGAGCUCGAAGUUCUUAAGCCGUCGACAUUACAUAGGCUUGACACGCUGCAGAAGCACCACAAGCAGCGCACACGGCAGCUCCAUAGCGAAGCGCACGAGCUCCUCAAGGGCCGACUCCCCCCGAAUCUUAGCUUGAACGUGGAGCAUUCCGACGCAUCGCAGCCCAGGACCUAAUCGUUUGCUGUACAAUAAAUUUUCUCUUCUUGCACAUAUGCUAGUCGCAUAUAUUUGAACGGGUUCGCGAGGCGAUCGUUGGCGUUCGAUCUCGCAUAUCGGAGGUAAUUCACUCCCAAGCAUUUCCGGCGCGUUGGGCAGACGGCAUUGCAUCAUAGAGCUGUACAGUAGUGUAGUACCAAAAACUUUUUCUCUGUGUUACUACUGUAUCCCUAUGCACCCCGCAUCACGCGGAGUCUAGCCUAGUUCAAGGUUGCGAGCGUAGAGGUAGUGCGUAGCCAUGACUAGCUGUGGCCCCGUCAUCUGCUUCAACCGUGGCUUG